CAUGGCUGUCACCUCUAUAUCAGUUAUUUUAACUGUGGCUGUAUUAAAAUUACACCAUUGCGGUCCUAAGCAACGCCCAGUUCCAGAAUGGGUUAGAACUUUUGUGUUGUAUCGACUAGCAAGACUACUCGGUUGCAAAUGCGACACGACCUGCUGUUAUUCAGAUAGGAAACGGAAGCCUAAAAGACCCAGGAAUGAGAAUGCUGAUGUUUGUCUGAGAUUGAUGAACGAAUCCAGGACUAGUCCCGUGGCGGAAUUACGUAGCGUUCGACAAAAGAAUGCAGAAAUACCGAAUGGGGACGCUAUGAAGCGCAUUGGUCUUUUAGAAGAUAUAUUAAAGUAUUUGCAAAUUCUUGUUGCCAAACGGGACGAAGAUGAUGAGGAAGAGGAACUUAUUAACGAAUGGCAGGCUGUUGCACAUAUCUGCGAUAAAUUACUCUUUAUACUUUUCCUCACCUGCACCAUCCUUGUAACUUUACUUUUAAUGAUAUUUAUUCCUCUUAUGCAAAAUAUCAAGAACCGUCGACCGGAUGAUUUGUACUUAUAA